AUGCGGCAAAUGGCGUCUGUAAAAGGGUCCAUGCCAGCAUGCCUGCCUGUGGUUCGCGCCGUGCCGUCGUUGAACCCGCCAAGACCCUUUAGCACUCGCAGCCCGGAAAGGAUCCUGGUCCCAUGUGGUUCGGCCAGCUACGUAUCAAUAGAUCUCUUCAACAGCCCCCAGGACUCGCCCAAGAGCGCGCUCCUGGUCCAUCUGCCCGCUUUCCCGUCCGCCGACGGGUCGGUUUCCAGGGUCCCCAAAUUCCUCGAGGACUUGCCGGUUGCCAGCAUCAACUACCGAUGGCAGGCUGCCGCCUCGCGGGACCCGGCUCCUUUGUGCUGGCCGAUGCCUGUCCAUGACACGGCCUUCGCCUUUGCCUGGCUGGUCGACAACCUGGCGCCGCCCGGCAACUCGAGACGCGACAUUUACGUCUACGGCUCUCACCUCGGCGCCAGUCUGGCCACCUCGUUGUCCCUGACCGAGGCCCAUGCCCACGCCCGGUUUGGCGUUCGAGGUCUCGUGGCCUACAAUGGCAUUUACAACUGGACCAUGUUUCUCCCCGACCAUCGCAUCAACAAGAGAGCCCCAAGCAUGAUGCCCGCCCCAGAACUAGACGAAGCAUCUCAUCUCCGCAAGCUGCAGGGCGCGAUGGCCGGUCUCUUCGAUAAGCCGUCGAACCUAUUCGACCCCUUUGCGAGCCCGAGUCUCUUUUUCCACAGUCCGGGAAUGCUGCAACCUCGGUCAUUUUCCAUGUCGACGGAAGACGCAGCCAUGAUUGACGCCUUGACGGGCGACCAAGAUGCUCCAUCCGCACCCCCCAAGGCACCGCGGAAAUCACACCUCAUCUUCCCGCCUCGGAAAUCGACGCUCAAAAUCCCGCAAACACUCCUCUUGCACGAUGCGUCGCGGCAACCGCCGAGGUCAUCAAAGGCUCCCAAGAACGGGCAGGCGAGGAGGAAGGCCAAGGCGGCGGGUCACUCGCUAGCAGCGCAGGCGGAGGAGCUUGCGGAGCUGAUGAGGCGCAGCGUCAGCGUCAUCGAGAUGAAGGAGCGCUGCAAAUGGGACGAGGAGGUUGUCGAGGACGACCAAGUGCAGCGGCGGGUGCAGGUGGUCGAGGUGGGGCCCGAGACGGGCAGCAUCGAGCUGAACGACGGCGGACAGCAGACUGCGCUGGAGUGGCUGCAGGACAGGAUGUGA